UGCAGACAGUGGCGACCUGCGUUUCCAGCCCCGAAACGUCACUCUCGCUCUGUCUCCCUCUCUCCAGGAUACACAGCGCCCCGUUCUACAUCGACCCCCAGCUCCCAUAACCCUGCACUGUCUCACUGACACAGCCUGAUGUGGCUUCUACACUGCCUUGGGUGGGCUGUGGCCCUGUGGAUCCCGACCCAGGGGAGUGUCGCCGAGACCCUGCCCAUGUACGGCGAGAUCUCCUCCCCGGGAUUCCCCUCCUACUAUCCCAACGAGACCCGGGCCGAAUGGUCCAUCGGCGUUCCCUCUGGUUACCGCAUCCGCCUACACUUCCGAUACUUCCAACUGGAGGCGUCUCAAGGCUGCGUGUACGAUAGACUGAAGGUGAACGAGGGGACACGGACGCUAGGUGUGUUUUGCGGUGACGGGGAGAAGCCAGCGGGAGCGGGGAACCCACCUCAGCCGAUCCUCGACUCCUCUCAAAACUCCCUUAGCCUCGAGUUCUCCUCUGACUUCUCCAACCAGUGGCCCUACAGAGGCUUCCUCAUCUACUACAUGGCCAUGGAUGUGGACGAGUGUUCUCAGGACUCCGCGUCACUGCCCGUGUGUGACCAGCUUUGCCACAACACCAUCGGCAGCUACACGUGUGACUGUUGGCGGGGAUACAGCCUCCGGGACGAUGGGAGGAGCUGUAAAGUGGAAUGCCAGGAAUAUUUCAGUGAGAUGUCCGGCCAGUUCUCCAGUCCGGGAUAUCCCGCUGCCUACCCCGCCAACCUUCACUGUAACUACAGUAUUCGAGUGGAGGAAGGCUUCUCCAUUUCCCUCGAGUUCCAGGGCCUGUUUGAGAUUGAGAGUCACCCACAAGUGAAAUGUCCUUACGACAACAUGACGAUUGAGUACAAGAACACGGUGUUGAUACCGCUGUGUGGGUCGGAGAGGCCGACGAGGGUUGACACGCGCAGUAAUGCUGUGGAUAUCUUGUUCCACACGGACAUAUCUGGCAUUGAGCGGGGCUGGAAAAUCCACUACACCACCGACAUGAGCGAUUGUGGAACACCAAAGUUGUUGGAGAAUGGGAAGUUCGAAGUCUUGGACGUAAGAGCGGUGAAGGACGGAUAUUUGACUCGAAUCCAGUACUCAUGUGAUCGCAGAUAUCGUAUGAAGACUGAGGGAGAUGGGACGUACACUUGCUCUGCUGAUCGUGUCUGGAACAAUCCCACCGUCUCCAACACCAUCCCAUAUUGUGCCUCGGUGUGUGGUGUCCCUGACGUGCCGGUCACCUCGCUGGCGGUGGGCCGCGUGCUGGGGGGUUCGGAGGCCCCGGACGGCAGCUUCCCGUGGCAGGUGUUUGUGCGGCCCCGGCAUGGUCGUGGGGCGGGGGUGCUGGUGUCUGACCGCUGGGUGCUGACGGCGGCAAGCAUCCUGUGGAACAAAGGCGCGAAGAAACCCACGGACGGGGAGUUGGAGAGCCACGGCAUCUACGUGGGUGACAAUGACCUAGAUGACCUAGUAAUGUCGCCCGGCCUGCCCGUGGAGAGGGUCUACCUGCACCCCAACUACAGCGGCAGUGACCCCAAUUUCUCCAAUGACAUCGCCCUCAUUGAACUGGCCACCCCCCUGCGCCUGACGGCCGACAUUGGCCCCGUGUGUCUCCCCCCCGCUGGGGGUCCUGGGCACGAGUGGCUCUACCAGGAGGGGCGUCUGGGCUACUUGGCGGGGUGGGGGAUGACGGAAAACCGGAGACUGACCAACAAGCUCCACUACGCCUCCCUGCCCGUCGCCAACACCGAGAAAUGCCGCGGGGCGCUGGCUGCGGCCCAGCCUCGGGCCAAGAAGCCCCUGAAACUGACCGCGGGGUCAUUCUGUGCCGGGACGGGGCUGGGGGGCGGAGCGGAUGCCUGCCAGGGGGACAGCGGGGGGGCUCUCUCCGUGGAGGGGGGUAGGGGGGGGAGAGAGCAGGUGGAGGAGGGGGUUUGGUAUGUGGCAGGGCUGGUGUCCUGGGGGAUAGACUGCGGGAAGGUGGGGCGUUACGGGGUGUACACCAAUGUCGGGGCGUACAUACCCUGGAUGCAGGAGGUGAUGGAGGGGCAUGUGGGGACAUAGAGCGAGCGGGGAGGGAGGGAGAAUCCAGGAGAAGUUGAGGGGGAAUUGUGAGGGAAUCUGAGGCAAAUUGACGUAAAUUAAAAGGGGAAAAUCCAGACAAGUGAAGGGAGUUAUUGUCAUGUGUCCCAGAUAGGACAGUGACAUUCGUGCUUGCUGCAGUACAACAGAAUAUGUAAACAUAAUAUGGAACAGGAGAUAAAAUUUCAGUGUGUCUAUAGACCAUAUAUGUACACAAUAAAUAAACAGAUAAAGUACAAUAGACUAUU